AUGGGAAGAUGCAAUCGCGAGCGAUUGAUACGUUGGAGGCGUAUGGUAUCUUUGGUGAAAUUCCCGGAAACGUUUUCGCGUAGACAGUGUUGAGCGAAAUCAAUUCGAACCGGUGACAGGCUCCACGUGACGUAAAUGCAACGUGCAUAAUGCGAUUGUGUAUAUGCAGCUGGCAUAGUGCUUGAGAACAGUGUUAUCAGAGUUUGAGCGUGGUUGUGUCUGAUAUCGAAGAGAUUUAUACAUAUCCUGGCACAUCCUGAUGUUCCAGUUAAUGUGAAACAUAUAGAAAUAUAUAUUGUAUGGGAAUUACAACCCCAUAGAUCAAAAGAUUUCUAAGAAUCACGUAAUUUUAUUAUAAUAAAUAUUGCUUCGUUGUGAUUAACAAAAAUGUUAAAAUUAUUAUACACUGUCCUCAAACUAUAGCACAGGUUAUAAAAUUUAAUUAAUUCAAUCCUUUGAGUUCUUGAAACUACCAAAAAUCUAAAAGUUCAAUGUUGAAUCAAGGAUGCAUUCAUCAUUGAGCAUUUAUAUAAAUAUAUUUAUUCAAUAUAUAUAUCGUAACAUAUCCAUCCUCUUUGAACUUGCAAUAAGUAAACCAAUUACUUUGUUAAUAAUUAUAUUAAUAAUUAUCCGCACGACACUGUGAAGCGCAAACUAAAAUCUCAAGGGAUUAAUAUUCGGUUGAAAUUUACAAAUUUCAAAAGACUCUUCAGGACUAUUAGGAAAAAGGCCCCGAAAUGUUGCUUCAUUUUCGUUGCAAUGUUCGUCCGUUAAUACUCUUGCUCGCGAUCAACGAUGAAAUUGCGUAAUCUUAUUGAUCAGAAACCGAGAGCUAUUAAUAAUUACUGGCGAUUAUAAAGAGAAGGAGUAGGAAGCACGGUGGGAAAGGUUAGGUAAAUAAUUACUCUACCUGAUCAAACAGAAGCCAUUGAGAGAGCUGGGCCGAUUGUGCCUCAGUGCGGGCGAGCAGAGUAACGACGUCGUCGCGGAAAUUUGUACAGAGCCUCGUGGUGGACUUCCUCUGUUGCAAGUAUGGCCGAGCGAUUCGCCGAGAGGCGAAGCCGACGGACAGGCACAGGCAUUCGUGUUCCCGGAUGUCCAAGAGAACGUCAACGAUAGUGGCAUCGAGUCUAUACAGGCGUCGCCGUCUCCGUGCGGUGUGGCGAGCACCAGUCCAGCCGCCACGCCUCAACAAUCCCGACGCGCCAGUUUACUCCAUCCGGACCACGCUCGACUGCAAUUGCACCAUUUGCAUCACAAUCACCACAAUUCCGGGGUUAAGAGUCCGCCGACACCGGACCGAACGUCAAUCGACGAGGAACCUCCGCUUCCGCCCAGUCCCUCGAGUUCAACUACCAGCAGUUUACGGUCGAUGACCAGUUCUGCGAAUGCUCAGAUGCAAGACAGAAGACGCAGCAGCAGGUACAGCAUGUUCGACGCCCUGGACCUGGAAUACGCGUUGCUGAGAGCAGCGGCCCGUGGUUCCGUGGGUCCUUACUCGCUGUCGGAGUCUCUGCACAAGCUAACGUUCACGCAGAGCCUGGCGUUCCCGGCGCUGGCCCGUGGUCUCGCCUCGAAGCAGAGCGUGCCAACCAGGAGGCCGCAGCAGCACACAGAGAGCGGACUGAACGCGUUCGCAAAGGUGGUCACCGCGCUGGUGUUGGUCCUCGUGAGCGUGCUGGUGUUCGGCGUUGUGUACAAGUUCGUAAGAACGUGAGGAUGGCUGCUGGUGCCCGAUCGACCAGCUGGCUCCUCGCAGGAGUUCGAUCGGCCGGGCACCAGUGACGCCUUCGAUCAGUGACUCGUUCGCGCCAAUUAAAUCGACUUCCAGUCAGCUAGAAGCUUGUUGAUGUACGAGCACAUCCGGCAAUAUCACGGAAUAUCACGCGAAAUGCAUCGAUGUAUAGUACUCGGUGACAUACGAGCGCAGUUUGAAAUUAGAAUUCACAGAGAACGAAGGUGAAUGUUCACACGGGGGCCUAGAUUGAAGAACAAUCAAAUUGUUGAGAUCAUUGUUGCCAAUGUUGCUUUGGAAACGUUGUGGAUGUUAAUCCUGCUACGAUAGUCGUACGUAUAUCAUAUACGAGCGACUCUUCAUCUCAAUUUUAUAUCGAAAGUUUCGUUCUGUACAAGUUUAAGAUCGUUUCGCUUGUUGGAGUGAGAACAGGACUGGAGAAUCGUUAGCAAGCGGUUUAUAGUGUUUGAUAUAAAUGAAACUCUAAUUACGAUUCAGUAUUUCAGGCUGCAUUCUUUCUCUGUCUGUCUGUCUGUCUGU